AUGACUGGUACGAAAGCGAAUACACCUAUUAAAAUCCAGGACAAGACUAGCUCACUUGAAUUUCUGAAGAAGUUUGACACCUUUUUAUUUGACUGUGAUGGAGUGUUGUGGCUAGGUUCUCAUUUGUUACCCGAUGUUGUUGAGACAUUAGAUUACUUGAAAAGCUUAGGUAAACAACUUAUAUUCGUUACCAAUAACUCCACUAAGUCCAGGCCUCAGUAUGUCAAAAAGUUCGCAGGGUUUGGUAUAACAGUGACUGAAGAUCAGAUUUUUACAUCUGGUUAUGCGUCAGCCCUAUAUGUCCGGGACUUCUUAAAACUUCAACCGGGAAAAGAUAAAGUGUGGGUUUUUGGAGAAUCUGGUAUCAUAGACGAAUUGACCUUAAUGGGUUUCGAAGCUUUAGGAGCAGGUGACCCAAGACUUGACGAACCAUUUGAUACCAAUACUUCGCCAUUCCUUAAGGACGGCUUGGACGAAGAUGUGAAAUGUGUCGUUGCUGGACUAGAUACUAAAGUUAAUUAUCACAGAUUGGCGAUUUCUUUGCAAUAUCUAAGGAAACCUGAUGUCCACUUUGUCGCUACUAACAUUGAUUCGACUUUCCCCCAGAAAGGAAUUAUUCUUCCAGGAGCUGGUUCUACCAUCCAAUCUUUGGCUUAUGCUAGUGAUAGAACACCCGAAGCAUGCGGCAAACCAAACCUUAAUAUGCUCAAUGCAAUUGUAAAGGCUAAGAACUUAGAUAGAUCCAGAUGUUGCAUGGUUGGUGAUAGGCUAAAUACAGAUAUAAAGUUUGGUGAGACCGGGGGGUUGGGUGGAACCUUAUUAGUAUUGACAGGAAUUGAAACAGAAGAAAGGGCUUUGGAUACCGCACACGAGCAUCCUAACCCAAAGUAUUAUGCUUCUAAACUAGGAGACCUUUAUGAAUUCACCCAUCAAUAG